AUGCGGGGGGUUAAGAGUGAUUUGUCGUUUACAUGCUUGAUGAAGCUGGUUGAAGAUGUUGUUGGGGUAAACUCAGAAUUUGAUGAGAUUGAGUUACUUGCAUUGAUCAGUGGAACUGUAGAGUGUGUAAUGCCAUUGUCAAGUGAGAAUAGGACAAUUAAGGAUAAUAAUGUGAGGUUGGAAGGUGACACUGCGAUGCUGGAGGAUAAUACUACAUUUGAUGAGGGAAAUGAGGAUUUGUUCGCUACCGGUGAAGAUAGAUUUGAUGACAAUUCAGAUGAUUGGCUUGAAGAAUGGCAUGAUGAUAGUGCAGAAAGGUUUUCCUUCCAAACAAUUGCCACUGAAGAGUCGACAGGUGUCGAUGAUCGCUUAUACAAAGAAAGGAUGUUUUCGUUGAAGGCCAAGUUGAAACCAGCUCUGAACAUGUUGGUUAUAAAGGAGAAGUUUGUGAUAAGAGUAAAAAGGUCAUGUCAAGGUCGUUAUGAGGUUGGUUGCAAGGACAAGGCAUGCAAGUUCAGUUUUUGUGGAACAAAGUUACCUGAUAGAGGAGAAUAUUGGCAAGUGCGGACGUUUCAGAAAGUACACACUUGUACUGCUGAUGGUUUGCAAGGGCGAUUUUCAACUACGAGUGCAAAGAUAAUUGGUGAACUUAUGUCACACAAGCUUCGAGCUAAUGGAGUCACAUUGAGACUUAAGGACAUAAUGUGUGAGAUAAGGGUUCAGUGGGGAUUGGAAUGCUUGUAUGGUAAGGCUUGGCAAGCGAAGGAGUAUGCGGAGAGGCUUGUUUUCGAUCCACCAGAGGAGUCAUUUCAACUACUACCCUCGGAUGUAAUGCAUCCUACGAUUGCAAUUGACGUGACACAUCUCAAAGGCAGGUUCAAGGGUGUUCUGUUUGUCAUUGUAUGCAAAGAUGCAAACGAGUGCGUAUAUCCAGCUACGUUUGGCAUCGGCCAUAUUGAGGAUGAAGACUCAUGGACGUGGUUUCUUGGCAAGCUGCGUGAUGCGAUUUACUGCUAUGCAACCAUGCCAUUGCAGUAA